GAUUUUAAGUGUUAAAUAUGCAUCCGAUCUUUUGAAGGAUUACUGGUUAUGAGGAUGGUUUUCUAAUUAAAUAAUGAAAUCUAUUUUUAAUUAAAUAUCGCAGGUUCCUCCCGCCGGCUCUCUCACUUGAACUGACUGAUUUGUAUCUGAAGUUAUUUAAACCGCUCAAAGUGAACAAGAAACACUUCCAAGAGUUGACUCGUGAGGCUCGAGUUGUACGGUUCGAACCAGGAGAAGCUUACGCGGUCGAAGAAGUUACCCCUGCUGAUGAGAGACUGUCGAUACUGUUAAAGGGAAAGAUGCGUGUAAGCUGCGACGAGACACACCUGCACUUUAUCCAACCGUAUCAGUUCGUAGACUCGCCCGAGUGGGAGGCCAACCGGGAGCAGUCUGAUGACGUCUUCCAGGUGACAGUGGUAGCGGAGGAGGUGUGCACGUGCGUCUGUUGGCCGCGCAUGCGCCUCGAGCGGGUGCUGCGACACCGGCCCGCCCUAAAGGUCGUCCUCGACUGCCUCAUAGGUAAAGAUAUAACCCAUAAGUUGUAUUCGGUGAGCGAAGGCUUAACCGCGGGUGCUGGAAGUGAUCCAGGCCCUCCGUCACACCUUACCAGGUCCGCCAGUGUAGAUGCAGUACAUGAAGGUGCACGUGGCAAAUUGCGCAGCCUGGCAUGGAGAGCAAGGACCACUACUAACAAAGGGAGCUCGUACUGGCAACCGGUGGUGGCUCGGCAGUUCUUACGACAGUCACCGUUCGGGCGCAGCGCAACACAACCGCGACUGCUCCCACAGGCGUCAUCUGCCAGUUUGCAACCUAGUAUCACGGGUAUCACAGGUGGAGGUGGAGCUCGCAAGCGAAGUCCUCCGCGGCGGUCUGCGUCGUUCAGGCGCGGUCGGGAGGUGAAGUUUGCAGAGAUGGAGACGACGCCGACGCCGACGCCGGCGGUGUGACGUGGGCCGCGGCGCCAGCACGAGCUGGUGCCGCUGCGAGCCACAGCCACCAUAGAUGACACGCCCACGGCCGAUUCACCACCGUCGCUACCGAGGUUCACCUGACCGGAACCGGAGCGAACGACGACGCCACCGCACAUGACUGAUUUCUAGAUGACUCUGCUUAAGGCUAGACGGCCCCCGUGGAUACAGUAGCGGUCUCUAACACGGGCCAUCCAGCCUAAUGAGGAUGAGGGUAUGGCGGCUCAUUAAGUGACAUUCAAAUAGAGCUUCUAUGUGUUACUGACAAUUAACUUUUAUGUGCGGAGCUUUCCUUUUACGUUCGCUCGUUGUGUAAAUUAAAAAAACAUUAAGUGCGAAGUGACCGCACUUUAGAUAAGUGACUUCCGGUUUUUUAAAAGUGAUCGUGUCGAUAACGUAAUAAUAUUAAUUAUCGUGUGACAAUGUAGAUUAGUUUAGCGUUAAAUAUAUCAAAAGUUGCGUUAAACCAUAACACGCGAUAACACUCAGCGGCCGCAACCAAUCUUGCAGUCAAGUGCAACUAUUGUGUAGGAAUCCAAUGAGUUUUGUGCGUAGUGCCGAACGCUGAUUUAAUUUAUUACCUAUUAUGUACCUAUGGAAUUGCAACUAUAGUUUUAGUGAACUAUAACUCAGAUGUGGAAUUCUAAACGUAAUUUAAUGUUAUAAUGACUAUUGUUUAUUAUUAGCUAAUAAGAUGUGUUAAAUUCGUGAUAAAAUAUUAAAAGUUACUGCGAGGAUUUAUAUUCAAAUAUAUUGUUCAAUAAAGAUAUACCUAUUU